AUGGUAAAAAUCGGAUUAAAAUUUAAAGCAUCUCUAGAAAACAUUAAAGAGCUAAAUUCAAAAGAUGAAAACUUUCGGUGGUAUCUAAAAUUUUCUUGCUCCGAAUGCUCAGAAGAAUCAGACAAAUGGAACUAUUUGUCUUUAAACGAAGUUGUUGAUAGUUAUCACCGUGUUGUUAGUCAUUUCGUAUGCAAAUGUAAAUCCUGCAAACGCGUCAACACCGUCACAAUUAUUGAAGACUCAUUGAAAGCCUACACUGCCGAGGAUGAAGGAACGUUCAAAACCAUUGCUGUAUUCGACUGUCGAGGAUUGAACCCCAUUGAUUUUAAACCUGGUGAAGGAUGGAUACCAAGGAUUAAAUAAUAAAUGUUAA